UUCUUUUUACCAAAGUGUAUGAGAUGGGGGAUUCUUCAGCAGUAGAGCAAUCACUAGUACAAGGUGAAGAAGUUAAAAGGGAAGAAAUCAUCUCUCAAAAUGAAUCUCAAUUAAAAGGUCCAACUUUGGUACAUUAUAAAUGGUGGAUCCAAAUGAUCAUUUAUUCAAUAUUAGUUCUAUCUACCCAAGCUAUAGGUACACUUUUAGGUAGAAUAUAUUUUGAAAAAGGUGGAAAUAGUAAAUGGUUAGCCACAUUAGUACAAACUAUAGCCUUCCCAAUUCUCAUCCCUUUCCUUUUUAUAAAACCAAAAAAAACUAAUAAAAAUAUUGAAAUAAUUAAAAAACCAUCUUUUAUAAUUGUUUCUUCACUUUAUACUAUACUAGGUUUAUUUAUAGCUGGAAAUUGUAUGUUAUACACAAUAGGUCUACAAUAUCUUUCUGUUACAACUUAUUCUCUUAUUUGUGCUAGUCAAUUAGGUUUCAAUGCCAUUUUUUCAUACUUCCUAAAUAAACAAAAAUUCACCCCUUAUAUAGUAAACUCAUUAGUAAUUCUCACUAUGUCCUCUUCUCUCCUAGUUCUCCACAACGACGAUUCUAGUGAACGUACCAAUAAUAAAACGUCUAGACAAAAAUAUAUAUUCGGAUUUUUGUCUACAUUAGCUGCCUCUGCUGGCUACGCGUUGAUGCUUUCUAUAACACAACUCGCUCUUCAAAAAAUCUUUAAGAAAGAAAGCUUUCGUUUGAUCAUAGAAAUGUCAACUUAUCAGUCGAUAAGUGCGACUAUGGUAUUAUUAAUAGGGCUUUUCGCUAGCGGGGAGUGGGAAAAGUUAGUGAAAGAAAUGAAUGAAUAUGAAUUAGGGAAAAUUAGUUAUGUUUUAAAUUUAAUUGGGACAUCUAUAUGUUGGCAAUUUUAUACAGUUGGUUCAGUAGGGUUAAUUUUUAAAGUGUCUUCAUUAUUUUCAAAUGUAAUUAGUAUAUUAGGUUUACCUGUGGCUCCUGUUUUGGCUGUGAUAUUUCUUCAUGACAAGUUGAGUGGUAUUAAAGUGAUGUCAAUGGUGUUGGCAAUUUGGGGAUUUGUGUCAUAUAUGUAUCAACAUUAUCUUGAUGAUUUAAAGGACAAGGCUGAAAAAAGGGGGAAAUUAGUGGAGCUUUCUGAAGUUAAUAAUCUCAUUGAGAGAAGUUAAAUUAGUAUGACAUUUUGUAUUAAUUAUAUUGUAUCUAUAGUUCAUGAAAUUCAUAACUUUUUCAUAUCUCAUGUGGUAUAA